GAGGACGUCAGUGCACUCGCCGUGCGUCCUCUCGCAGCCCCGCCUCCCAUGGGGACCCGGCCUGAGGAGCAGGGCAGCCGGAAAGAAGGCAGUGGGAAGUGGACAGAAGACGUGAUAGGAAAGAUAAAAAGAAGAGGAAAAGGAAAAUAAAAGUUUCCAGUUUGACAGUCAAGCUGUCUUCUGCAUCCAUUUCAUCCAAGACCACCAAGCCAGUGUGGAGGCUUUUUCCUCCUUUCCUUUUCGUGAGAAUGGUCACAACCUUGCCAGGACACGGGAGUCCUGUGUGUGCAAAUGUCCUAACGAGAGUCUCUGAGUCCAUCUCGACCGGCACCUUAAGGACAGCCAGACCUUCGUCUCCUCGCGAGACGAAGUGAUCUUGAAGCGGAAGGUCACAAGCCACACGAGAUGCCAGCUCUGUUGCCUUUGGGCCCCUCCCAGAACCCUGACUCCAGUGCAACCAAAGCAGUGCUUUGAAUGGUUCUCAUGGGGCGGGGCAUGCCAGGUAACGCCAGGUUUCCUCUUACUCGACCCAGUCUUUGUAAAAAAUGGGAGGCAGCCGUCAGAAGGAAAAACUUGAAGCCCACCAAGUACAGCAGCAUUUGCUCAGAACACUUUACUCCGGACUGCUUUAAGAGGGAGUGCAACAGCAAGUUACUGAAAGAGGACGCUGUCCCCACAAUAUUUCUUUGUACUGAACCACAUGACAAGAAGGAAGAUCUUCCGGAGCCCCAAGAACAGCUUCCCCGACCUCCUUCAACACCCCCCGUUUCCCAGGUCGAUGCUGCUAUCGGGUUACUCAUGCCUCCUCUUCAGACCCCUGAUAACCUCUCCGUGUUCUGUGACCACAACUGCACUGUGGAGGACACCAUGCACCAGAGGAAGAGGAUUCACCAGCUCGAACAGCAAGUAGAGAAGCUCAGAAAGCAGCUCCAGGACGCACAGCAGCGGUGCAGAAGACAGGAGCGGCAGCUGGAGAAGCUGGAAGAGGUCGUGCACUUCCAGAAGGAGAAAGACGACAUCUCCGAGAGGGGUUAUGUGAUUCUACCAAAUGACUAUUUUGAAAUAGUUGAAGUCCCGGCAUGAAGAGUGAAAUCUGUGUUGGUGUUCAAUGGGGCAAUACCACCUGCCCUCUUCUAGCCUGUAGAGGAGUUUCAUUUGAAAAAAAUUACACUUGGUCACUUGUGUAAAAACAAUUCAGAAUAUUUUUUAAAAGAAUAAAUUAGAUAUAUACUGUAAAACUGUAAAUGUUUUGUUUGUAAUUUCAGGGUUUUUACAUUUUAACAAAAUAUUUUUAAAAUUAUAAACUAGCUUCAUUGUAAGUUGGUUUCAAGAUUGGGGAUUUUUGUUU